UUGUUUUAUCUAAAGGUUACAAGCAGCUAUAAUAUGAGAACAUUGAUAUUUAAUAAAUAUAUUUCUGUUAAUCCUCAUUGUGUCUUAAAGUUUGAUUGUCAAACCCAGGAAAAUUUACAGGUUUUAAACUAAUACCAAUAUUUCUAUCACAUUUAAUUGAGAACAUUUUAUUUGACCUACAAAUCGACUAUUUCAGAGACAAUGGAUAGAUUAUCCAGAUUUGAAAUGUUAUGAAGUCCAGAUUUUUUGUAGUCCAAAGGAUCAUAUAGCAUCAGUUAAAUCAAAUAUGUUUUAAAACUUGAAAUCGGCUUUUAACUGGUUUUAACACUUUAAUGAGUACAACAAUACUUUGGAUAUAGGAAAUUUCUGAUUGAAUUUAUCCUUCUUUUCUGUUCUUUUAGAAACAAGUUCAACUGCGGCACCAUCUUCAAUCUACAAGACUACAUCUAAAUUAACUAGUGGUGUCGGUAGCACGAAAACAGGUGCUGUCAUAGGUGCAUCCGUUGUAUCUGUCCUGUUAGUAAUUGCUGUUGUUGUUGUCUUUGUAAUUUUGAAAAGACGAAAGAAACUUCCAUUCUUAUGUAAAGAAGCAGUUCCGGCGAGGGAAUCUGGGUACAAACAAUCAAAACGUACGAUUGAUGAGAUGUCACGUGAAAACCAUGCUUGUGACCACGCAAACGUUGACAAUAACAACGCCGUUAACAUUGAUAGUGACAGCAACUAUGCCCACACUUAUUUUGAGCUAGAACCACAUGUAAAUGAAUCCAAUAAUGAUAAUACAACUUACGACACUUCUGGCAAUGCUAACAAGUCUAUAACAGAACAAGACAAUGUCUAUAACAGGCUUGAAUUAGACAAUAAUAAAAGAUAUGAUCAUGUACACACUAGGAUAAGAAAUGGGGUACUAAAGUUAGACGACACAUAUGACACUACUGACAAGGCAGCUAUGAAAUUGAAGGCCAGACCUGGUAAAGAUUCAGAUGCAUUUGAUGAGACAGAUGAAGAUGCGUAUAAUCAUAUUACAAGCAAACCAGUCACAAACACCAAAACAGUAAAUGAAUAUGGUGUACCAAACACACUUGAAAACGCAUAUGGAGAUGUUGUUGCUAACAAUAAGAACAAUCGCAUGAUGAAGGAGACACUUACUGUCACAUCAACAAUAAACCACAGAACAAAAGAAUACACGGCAACCGGUUCAGCGCAUCUAAACAAAUGCAUGAUUCAAAAAUGUCCGAGGGAAACAAAGACGCAGACUAUGAUGUAACCGACAGAGAUGAGAAACUGUUAACUGCUGAUAACGAUUACUCAAUAAUUGAAACAGUUCAUUAACAAGGAAAUGUUAAGUUGUUGUUCUUAUGACACAACAAAUGUAUUUGAAGAGUGUUAAAAUUUCAAGCUUCGUUGUUCAAUAGUAAACUAAUAUUAUUAGGUGAAGCGGUUUAAUCUGUAAAUUUUAUAUUUACUGAACUCGCUACCUAUGAGCAGUAUUUGGCUACCUAUCUCGGAAUGGCUAUAUAAACAAUACAGUCCAAUGUCAUACUGGAUUAAUAAUUUAAAAGCGAUAAUACACGUAUCUGUAUAUUAAUGUCUGCAGAAGCCCGCGAGCUUGUUGGUGACCAAGACCGAAGACCGAGGUUACCAACAUAUCCCAAGCGCUUUUGCAGACGUUAACACACAAAACAAUCGUGUACUGUCGCUUUCCUUGCAUAAAACAUGAAGACGAAGACUAAAUGUGUUGUUUUCAAAGAAGAUGGUUUUACGAUUCAGGUUGCACUUUAAUUACCGUUCUGUUCUUAAAUAAGAUAAAGGUGUUUUAUCUCGAGUGCUUGGUCAUCUGGGACUAUCCUGGUAUCAGCUGGAAACGUAAAUUCGGGUCCAAAGUUUGCCUUAAAACGGUUAUUUAUAACGUAUCUCCUCCUAGAAAAUGAUAAAAAUUUCUUACCUCCAAGUGCUUUCUGUCUUUUGAAUGAGUUUGCUUAAAUAGCUAGUAACUGUCAACCUUUAG